AUGCGCAGGGAAACCGCAUUUUUUGCGGGGCUUUCCAAAGCCUGGGAAGUGGAAGUCAAGGACCUUGCUGAGCUGUUCCGGCGCUUCCCGUCGCCGGAGAAUUGGGGCGGGCACUACCUAGAGCCGGACCUGGCGAUGCACGGGGUUCUGCGAGACCCAGAAGCCGCGCUCUUCGUGGAGUACGACGGGCAGUAUUGGAGGCAUGCGGAAGAGGAGGGGAUGGCCUUGGACACCGCGAAAAACGCGGCGCUGCUGGCAUACGCGCCUGAGGGAUCCUAUGUUGUGCGCAUCAACCAUGCUGCGCUUGAAGACGUGCAGCCGCAGGAAAACGUGCUGUGGGUGACAGCGGGCACUUGGCGCAGGGGCGACCAAGCGUCGCUCCUGGCGACACUGGAGGACCUCAUACGACAGAUCUUUGUUGGCAUGCGAGGACGCUUCCUGGUGAUGCGAGGAUAUGAUAUUGGAGAACAUUGUUGGAACGAAGUGGGCUUGGUGAGUCUGAGCAUUGAAGAACAGCUGGAUCCGAUGCUGCUGUGGUUGGAGGAGCAAGGAUUGAGCAAGGUCCAAAUUCAGAAGGUGUUGGCUGGACAACCACGUAUCUUUAGAUUAAACAUUGAGGACACCCUGAAGCCCACCGCGGAUUGGAUUCUUGGCUUGGGCCUGAGCCAGGCCCAGCUUGCAAAGAUCGUGACUGGCUUUCCGCAAAUCUUGGGUUGCAGCAUUGAGCAGAACUUGCAGCCUACAGCUGAUUGGAUCCUUGGCUUGGGCUUGAGCCAGGCCCAGCUUGCAAAGGUCGUGGCUGGCUUUCCGCAAGUCUUGGGUUGCAGCAUUGAGCAGAACUUGAAGCCUACAGCUGGUUGGAUUCUUGGCUUGGGCUUGAGCCAGGCCCAGCUUGCAAAGGUCGUGGCUGGCCAUCCGCAAAUCCUGGGUUACAGCAUCGAGCAUAACUUGAAGCCUACAGCUGAUUGGAUUCUUGGCUUGGGCUUGAGCCAGGCCCAGCUGGCAAAGAUCGUGGCUGGCUUUCCGCAUGUCUUGGGUUACAGCAUUGAGCAGAACUUGAAGCCUACAGCUGAUUGGAUUCUUGGCUUGGGCUUGAGCCAGGCCCAGCUUGCAAAGGUCGUGUCUGCUUUCCCUUCCAUUUUGGGUUGCAGCAUUGAGCAGAACUUGAAGCCUACAGCUGAUUGGAUCCUUGGCUUGGGCUUGAGCAAGGCCCAGCUUGCAAAGGUCGUGGCUGGCUUUCCGCAAGUCUUGGGUUACAGCAUCGAGCAGAACUUGAAGCCUACAGCUGAUUGGAUUCUUGGCUUGGGCUUGAGCCAGGCUCAGCUUGCAAAGGUCGUGGCCAGCAAGCCGCAAGUCUUGGGUUGCAGCAUUGAGCAGAACUUGAAGCCUACAGCUGAUUGGAUCCUUGGCUUGGGCUUGAGCCGGUCCCAGCUUGCAAAGGUCGUGGCUGGCUUUCCGCAUGUCUUGGGUUACAGCAUUGAGCAGAACUUGAAGCCUACAACUGAUUGGAUUCUUGGCUUGGGCCUGAGCCAGGCCCAGCUUGCAAAGAUCGUGACUGGCUUUCCGCAAAUCUUGGGUUGCAGCAUUGAGCAGAACUUGCAGCCUACGACGGAUUGGAUCCUUGGCUUGGGCUUGAGCCAGGCCCAGCUUGCAAAGGUCGUGGCUGGCUUUCCGCAUGUCUUGGGCUACAGCAUCGAGCACAACUUGAAGCCAACAACUGAUUGGAUUCUUGGCUUGGGCUUGAGCCAGGCCCAGCUUGUAAAGGUCGUGUCUAGCUUUCCGCAAAUUUUGAGUUGCAGCAUCGAGCAGAACUUGAAGCCUACAACUGAUUGGAUUCUUGGCUUGGGCUUGAGCCAGGCCCAGCUUGCAAAGGUCGUGGCUGGCCAUCCGCAAAUCCUGGGUUACAGCAUCGAGCAGAACUUGAAGCCGAAACUUCAGUUGCUUGGCUUGCAAUUUUCAGAAUUGGCCGUCUCAGAGCUGAUCGCAAAGUGUCCAUGCCUUGAGAUGAUGGCACUCCUUACGAUUCAACGCUUUCCUUCUGUUAGUUUGCAGCUUUGCGGGCCUACCCGAGCCAUGCCGCUCCCUCCGCCUUUGCGGAAACGGCGGGCCCCGGCCGUCCUCGGCUUCCUCGCCCUCCUCGCCUGCCUCGGCGCGUCCGCUGCCGGCUUCGCCUCGCUGGCGCCGGCGUGGUGGCGCCGGGGCCGCGCCAAGCGCCCGGGCAGCGUGGCGGAGGCGGAGCUCUUAGCGCAGCUGGCGCUGCGGCUGCAGCCCAAAGCUGAGCUCAAGGAGCUGUUCCGGCGCUUCCCGUCGCCGGAGAAUUGGGGCGGGCACUACCUAGAGCCGGACCUGGCGAUGCACGGGGUUCUGAAAGACCCAGAAGCCGCGCUCUUCGUGGAGUACGACGGGUAUUGGAGGCAUGCGGAAGAGGAGGGGAUCGCCUUGGACACUGCAAAAAACGCUGCGCUGCUGGCAUACACGCCUGAGGGAUCCUAUGUUGUGCGUGUCAACCAUGCUGCGGUCGAGGACGUGCAGCUGCAGGAAAACGUGCUGUGGGUGACAGUGGGCACUUGGCGCCGCGGCGACCACACGUCGCUCCUGGCGACACUGGAGGACCUCAUACGACAGAUGUUUGUUGGUAUGCGAGGGGUUCUCCGUGGGAGUGUGUUGAGACAGCUGACCCAUGGUGUGGGGGAGGGCGGCAGGGUUUUGUCAAUCAGGGCACGGGAAUUUUCAGCUUUAGCUGCUGCACGGGGCAACACCACGGAAGAGAUAGGACGCUUCCUGGUGAUGCGAGGAUAUGAUAUUGGAGAACAUUGUUGGAACGAAGUGGGCUUGGUGAGUCUGAGCAUUGAAGAACAGCUGGAUCCGAUGCUGCUGUGGUUGGAGGAGCAAGGAUUGAGCAAGGUCCAAAUUCAGAAGGUGUUGGCUGGACAACCGCGUAUCUUUAGAUUAAGCAUUGAGGACACCCUGAAGCCCACAGCAGGUUGGCUGAUUGGCUUGGGCCUGAGCCAGGCCCAGCUUGCAAAGAUCGUGACUGGCUUUCCGCAAAUCUUGGGUUGCAGCAUUGAGCAGAACUUGCAGCCUACGAGGGAUUGGAUCCUUGGCUUGGGCUUGAGCCAGGCCCAGCUUGCAAAGGUCGUGGCUGGCUUUCCGCAUGUCUUGGGCUGCAGCAUUGAGCAGAACUUGAAGCCUACAGCUGAUUGGAUUCUUGGCUUGGGCUUGAGCCAGGCCCAGCUUGUAAAGGUCGUGUCUAGCUUUCCGCAAAUUUUGAGUUGCAGCAUCGAGCAGAACUUGAAGCCUACAACUGAUUGGAUUCUUGGCUUGGGCUUGAGCCAGGCCCAGCUUGCAAAGGUCGUGGCUGGCUUUCCGCAAGUCUUGGGUUACAGCAUUGAGCAGAACUUGAAGCCUACAGCUGAUUGGAUUCUUGGCUUGGGCUUGAGCCAGGCUCAGCUUGCAAAGGUCGUGGCCAGCAAGCCGCAAGUCUUGGGUUGCAGCAUUGAGCAGAACUUGAAGCCUACAGCUGAUUGGAUCCUUGGCUUGGGCUUGAGCCGGUCCCAGCUUGCAAAGGUCGUGGCCGGCUGUCCGUGCAUUUUGGGUUGCAGCAUUGAGCAGAACUUGCAGCCUACGACGGAUUGGAUCCUUGGCUUGGGCUUGAGCCAGGCCCAGCUUGCAAAGGUCGUGGCUGGCUUUCCGCAAGUCUUGGGUUGCAGCAUUUAG